GUCAGUGUGACAUUAUUGUUAAUAGAGAGAUCUCACGCUUAACCUUAAGUACGUUCGCUUAUCUCGUUGUCCUUGCUUAUUUGGGUGGCUGGAAUGUGACCAAGACCACAACGUGAAACGACAAGAAGAAAUGUUCAGAGUUGAAUACACCUGAAAAAAGUGUUGACAUUAUCUGUUUGAGAGAAUCAAGAAAAGAUUCUGGGUAGAUGAGGAGGGCGUAAAAAUGUCGACGUCGAUGAUUGUGUUUCGGUUGAUUAGAGAUUUCAAAAUUGAUUUUCGGUGCCAAUUAUAGACUCCAAAAAGAAGUAUUCAUCGAAAAAUUUUCAAAAUUCUACUCAGUCCAUUGAUUCAUGAUUGUCCUUGAAGACUUUACUCUUGUUUGUUUCUUCUCCUCGUGGUGAGAAUCCCUCGUCUUUUCGUCAUCUUUUCCCUUUGUGCUUUCGAAAGACUUCAAUUUCUUGAUCGUUUCGUAGUUGGUUGAUUUUCUCGAAUCAUCAAGAAUAUAUUGAAACCUCCACGUAUCAACAAUUCAUCUGUUUUCUUUUUCCCAUCAUCCUUCAUCCUCUGAUCUUAAUCGAUUUAUUCGACAUCGACUAGGCGCAUCAAGUACAGACUGUUGAAUCCUCAUCCUACUUCGAUCAACCUCCAAGAACACAAUGGUGGACCCAGCAGAAGGUGAAGUUGAGGUCGAGAGCAAGGCCGGCCUGGGCAACCUCCUCGGUGCUCUCCGCGUAAACAGUCUGAAGUCCGCGCUCGCGGGUCCUAUGCAGCAAGUCGACAAGAAGAAGCUGAUCAUUCCCGACUCGCUCAAGAAGACAGAGGCGUACAACUAAAUUCUUUUGUUCUUGAAAGACCUGCUCUUGGAUCAACAAAACGUACUAUGCAUUAGGAGGUGCACCAGCUCUACCUCAUCAAAAUCAACCAAUCAUCUCAACAAAUCGUUUCAACAUUUAGAUUUCAAAUCCUUCCACGUAAGUAGUAGAUGAAGAGGCCAAACGAGAGUCUCCAGAUGAAGAUUUACCUCUCUUGUUCCGUUUCGAGAAACGUUGAAUCUUCACGUUCACAGGCUUCCGUUCUCACCAAGGAAGCCGUUCGCUCAGUGGAGCCCGAGAACAGUGGCACAGCAGACGCUUGACUACAUCGGGCAAGAUGAGACACAAAACUCGCCGCUCAGGAAGCUCUGCCGUGACAGCGUCGAGAAGACUCUGCCAGUCAGGGCAAUCGUACUUCGUUAAUUUCUAUUUCAAAAAAACUUGAUGUUGAUGGAAGAUGAAUUAUGAAGCAGUAGUCAGUAGAUGAGCAUUUUUUCCAACUGUAGUGGUUCUAUCUCCGUUGUAGUUGUAGUCUUCAUACAACUGGGAUUCAUACUGCACUUCGUACUACAAUUCGUCUUGUUGAUACUAGGAUCAUCCUGCAUGAUCGUAGAACUUGAGGAUGAGCAGGUUCACAUCAGCUUUUGUGGGAAUAGAAACUACUCCCACAACACAUAUCUCAGGUACAUCACAUCGAUGUGGACCCGAUGAAGGUGAAGAAGAGCACAACAGAAACAACGCUGCACAAUGUCACAACGUACUUCAGCUUUUUUUGCAAACAAAGUUUUUGAAAUUUUUGUAAGUAGUUGAGCUUUUCAUUUUGAAUAGUACUUAGAGUAUGUAGUUCUUGUGCUUUUCAUUUUUUUACUACUUAGACAGAGUUAUAUAUAAUUGAAUAGAAAGAAAUAAGAUCAUGAAAUAUGAUCUUCAUCAAGAUUUUCUUGCGUAUAAAAAUGUACCACGAUCAUUCUCCAGGAAGAUGAACAUCAUGAGAGGAUUCGUCCCUUGUUUUCACCCAAAGAAAUAAAUGAUAAUUCUUCCUCAUUUGUCCUCAACAGUGUCAACCGCCGAACACAACGGGCACUGACGGCAGAGGAAGUUGCGGAGAACUGCGAAAAGAGCAUCGAGUUUUUCCGCCAGGCCAAGGAAACAAACCAGAAAAUGGUACCAACGAUCUCGACGUUUGAAUUUGUCAUAUUUAAUCUCGUCUUGUUUCUCAAAACUACGACUUACGUAAUUAGUAUCUAACGCCCUUAAUCUCAACUUUUUUCCUUCUAGAAGUGGUAUACUUGUUGAAUUGAUACAUAGCCGUUCGUUAUUGCGAAUCAUAAGUCAGUCUAACUAUCGAAUUAUUUUCCUCUUCUUCUUCUAGUCCUAGUUGUACAUCAACAACACUCUUCUUGUUGAACGUCUUGCGACCAGCGAAAUCAACAUCGACGUCGCCGCACAUCACAACCCUCUACUAGAUGAACAUGGAGGACGACAGGGUCACGCUUCUACACUACAUCUUAAACAAUCCAAGAACUGAACUCCAUGUUCAUGUUCAUCUUCAUUCUCAUGAUGAAUGAAUCUCCAUCUUCUACUUCUUAAACGAAACAACUCCAUUUUCAUCUUCAUGAAGAUGAAUGAAUCUCCAGCCCCUUCAUCUUGUAGACAUCAACAAGCGAUCAGGCAAGACAAAUCAAAAACUCGCAUCUUAAAAUUUUUUGAUAUUUUGUUAUCCCCGAUGAAUUUUAGGAGGAAAUGUUUCCCGGUGGCAUGUUCCCUAAGAAGGGCAGCGCUUGGGCUAAGAUGCGUGAAAAGAGCAAGAUGCGCGGCAAGCUUGAGGUUGCUGGUGCCCCAGCUUCGGGUGCUGCGAGCCGCACCACGACCCGCGAUUGAUCUUCAGCACAAGGGCGAGGAAGAACGGUGUAGUAGAUGUAGAUGGACUGCAAUGCAGUGGAGGAGGACCGAGAAGAUGAACAUCUUGGUCAUUACAAGCAGAUCAGGUUCAAGCGCUACAACAAACCAGCUGGAGGUGGACUACUUAUCGGAUCGGGUUCAACACCAUCGACGAUCAAGAUCAAACAAGACAUUAAAAUGAAGAAAUCAACGAUGACGAGCAGACGAAACCGCGGUCAUCAUGGACAAGAAUUAAAGAUGAACUACAACCAACGAUAAUUAGUGAUUCUCCUGCUUGCAGCUGUGGUUUUAUCUCAAUCGGAUCAUGCUUAACCCCGAGAACAACAAACAUUAACAUUCGUUCCUCGAUAAAUGUGGGCAUAGAGUAAGUAGAUAAACCUCUGUAAUUGAAACAAGAACGUUAUUUACCCCUACCUCUACGAAAAGAAGAUGUUCUUGUUCCUCAUCAUGUCAUAUAAAUGCAUUUAGUUUAAUGAAAGAAAGUCAGUCCUUCGUUAGUCGUUUUAGUUCAUAUUAUUUGUCACAACAAGAGUAAAGAAUUGAAAAGUAAUUGUAAAUGUCGUAACACACGCACACCGCGUGAAUGUAACUAGCUAUUAAUUUCUGUCAACAAUGAAGUAGUCAUACUUACUGAGUAGAAAAUAGAAAUAGAUCGUAGAUUUUCUAGAGGGAUCGCAAAUUCUUGGAAAAUAGUAGAAUCUUCUCUAUCAAAAUUCGGGGAUAAUUUGUCUUUUAAUAUCAACCCGCGCAGCAGAAUUGAUAUCUCUCCUGACAUCAAGUCUCAUUCUCAUCAAGUCUCGGAUGAGAACGAGUUGAGACCUUAUCCACUCCAAUUAAUGAUAGCAACGAACCAGCAAUGAAUAAUUAAUGACCUCUCAUCCAUGAGAGUAAGUUGUAGAAGAUGUUACUUCGAAGAAUAAGAAGGUAGUACCAAGACAACGUGAAGAAGUGUUGGAUUUAUUUUGUGGCGUAGCCUUUCUCUUGCAUUGCAAAACGUAGCGAACAUGAUAGUCGCAGUUGCUGCAGAAUAAAGAUGAAAGGUUGAAGAUACCUAGCAUGGAGGAUUCAAGAACUCAUCAUCAAUGACUCAUUUUUACUCCCAGUUGAAAGAAUCGAAGCGAGGAACCGCAUGGAGCAAACUCCGGAAGAAGUUUCAACAGGCGGCGAUGAAUUAGGAGGUCAAUUUUUUCUUCCCGGUACCGGACCAAGCGAAUUAUCCUGCGGCCGGCCUUGGGUUUUCUCUAAGGCCUGAUCAUCAGGAAUGCACUACAACAACGCUUGAUAAAAGACCUCGCCCUGCCGAAGAAUAUCUUCAACACACAAUCAAUUACUUACAAAAAUUGCUCUACUAGUAACAUUAGUUUUUGUGUUUGCGCUCGUCUUUUGCUAUCAGAUCUCAUCUAUCAUCUUGUUCAAUCUACUUCUACUCUGCUUGCAACCAACAAGAAGCUUUUCUUUUCCCGAUUAUAUUAGCUAAUUCGAAAAUGCAAAUCGAUAUGAUUUUUAGCAGUAUGCAUCUGCAUGACCUGGAGAUUUGGAAAUGAAAUUAAAAUUGGGAGAUCGAAGAACAUCCCCACGUGCUCGUUCGUUCGUGCUCUCGAUUUAUGAUUGCUUUUUUCAUUCCAUCCUGCGUGCACUUAUUUGCAUGAUGCGCGUCUAUGCCAUAACUAGCAUUAGAUUGUUCAUCAUCUUCUUGCACACUCAUCAACUACGGGGCACCACCAGGGGUUGCAAGAAAUAUUCGAAAAUAGCACUGUAGUUAUGGUCUUUGGGGGGGGUUCAUUUGAAAUUACAACUCAAUCAUUUCUUUGGAAACACCAGGAAUGUUUUUGAAUUUGAUACUAGUCAGACAUUUCAUUCUUGAAUGAUCGUGCAUCUUGUUGUAUUCAAACAAUAUUUUUUCUGGAUAAUUAUAGUUUGGUUUGGAUAUAGUUGGCGUCCGGGAGCACUGAUAAUCAAAUUUGAGUCUUGUUGAGUUGCAUUGUUACGCCUUCCACGCUUAGGAGCCUUCAUGGAUGUAGCAAAGGAUCAUGUGAGUUCGCUCUCCCAGUUUACUUAGAAAGAGCCACCGCAAGAAGUCCAAAGGCCUUCUUGAAAAUACUACAGGUACAGCCCUUCACACCAGAGGACUAUCUGCAGCUGAAGAUGCCCAACUGCAGCUACAACC